CGGAACUUUUCCUUUGGCAGAUAGUCCAGGAAGCUCCUGCGUGAUUGCGCAGCCGGAUCGUCACCCCGGGGGCUCCGCGAUGCUUCCCCCCAGGAACGACUGCCUGCUCUGGGACGCGCUCCAGGACCCCAACGCGUCCGCGGGCCCCGCCGGGGACCCCCACGGGGAGGGUCCGGGCCCCGAGGCCGUGGCCGUGCCGCUGCUGUUCGGGCUGAUCUUCGUGCUGGGGGUGCUGGGGAACCUGCUGGUGGUGGGGGUGAUCCUCGGGCUGGGCCGCCGCGGGGCAGCGCACCCCCCCGGCCCCACCAACGUGUUCCUGCUGAACCUGAGCGCGGCCGACCUGGGCUUCCUGCUGGUGUGCGUGCCCCCCCAGGCCACCGUGUACUCGCUGCCCCACUGGGUGUUCGGGGGCUUCCUCUGCAGCUUCGGACACUUCUUCACGUCGGCCUGCAUGCUGGUCAGCAUCUUCACGCUGGUGGCCAUGUCCGCGGACCGCUACCUGGCCGUGGUGCGCGCCCGCAGCGCGCUCUGCGUCCGCAGCCGCAGGAACGCGCUGGCCGGGGUGCUGCUGAUCUGGGGCGCGUCCCUGGCGUGCUCGGGGCCGGUGGCCCGGCACCAGGUCCUGCUGACCGGACACCCCAGCGCCCCCAACAGCACCUUCUGCUGGGAGGACUGGUCCGGGGCCGGGCAGGGCCGGCGCGCGUACAAGGUCCUGGUCCUGGUGCUGGGGUUCCUGCUGCCGCUGCUGCUCAUCUGCUGGUGCUACUCCAGGGUUUUAUGUCACCUCCAUAAAAAGAUGAUGACCAAAUCCAAGAAGUCCAAGCGCUCCAAGAAAAAGACGACUCAGACGGUCCUUCUGGUUGUGGCGGCCUUCACCAUCUGCUGGAUGCCCCACCAUAUUAUUGCCAUGUGGGUGGAGUUCGGCACCUUCCCCCUCAACGACGCUACCUUUGCCUUCCGCAUCAUCUCCCACUGCCUGUCCUAUGGAAACUCCUGUGUCAAUCCCAUCCUCUAUGCCUUCAUGUCCGAGAACUUCCGUAAAGCAUGCCGCCAAGUGCUCGGCCGCCACUUCCUGUCCUCCAUGCCUCCCCAUGGCACAGUAGUCCGAUUCCGCCUAGACAACUUCUCCACAACACACUCUACUACCAAUGUCUGAAGGAGCAGAGGUCUGGCAGAAACAAAGCCAACUUGUCUGUUUGGCUGGAGCGGGACACAUGACUGCUGGAGCUAAACUGAUUGGUUUCUGUGGUCAGCCUAAACGGGUCUGGCUACAGGACGUCCAGCAGAAAAACAGAGAAAAGCAUGUGAAACAUGGUGCUCAGAAACUGUCCUGAUUUAUUUGUCUGUUUUUUUUAAGUGAUUUUUUUCAACUCAUAAAAACAAUUGAACUCAACAAACCUUAAUUUAAAUUCUGCAACUUGUGUACACGCCAAACUCACCGACAUGAUUGUGAACAGUUCCCAGUCUGUAAUUUUAUUUAGCUCCAGAGAUAUGUUGACUGAUGUCAGUUUCACAGUUUACACUGUUGCUAGCUUAGCUGAAUUUAAUAGUCUAACCAUCAGCUGUAGAAAAGAGACAAGACAAACCCCCUUCAUCACUGUGGACUCAAACAGCAGCGAAUGUUAACGCUCAGUGGGUGGUACUUAGAUCUGAGCCAACCAUGGCUGACGACGAGGGUCUGGAUCCAGACCUGCAUGUUCAAUGUUCAACUUUGCAGAAGAAAUAAACAUAUUUAUAGUC